AUGUCUGUCGAUCCAGUGGAAAAAGGGGUGGCUAUCUCGGAGGCCGCCAUGAAGCGCGACGAGAGUAGCAUCUAUAUCGACCAUGAUGCGGAGCGUUCAUAUGUGCGAAAGGUGGACUUUUGUGUCCUGCCACUCCUAUGUUUGAGCAAUCUUGCCAAUGCCAAAACCGAUGGUCUGGACGAGGACAUCCACCUAAAGGGAAAUGACUAUUCCCUGAUGGUCCUGCUGUUCUAUAUCCCGUUCGGGCUGUGCGAUCUGCCAUGGAACCUGCUGCUGAAGCGGUAUGGCGGGCGCCUCACGUUGUCAUUCAUGACCGUGGUCUGGGGUAUUCUCGCCCUUUGUCAAUGUGCCGUCAAAGACUUUGGCGGUAUGAUCGCCGUGCGCAUGAUCCUAGGAGUAUUUGAGGCAGGAUUCUUUGCAGGAGCGACCUUUUACAUGACACUGUUUUAUACACGCGGGGAGAUGGGCUUCCGGCUGGCUAUCAUGCAGUCGUUUGCCGUGCUGGCCUCGGCCUUUAGCGGUCUCAUCUCCUUUGGGGUGUUCCAGAUCCACGACCCGGCCGUGGAAGGGUGGCAGUGGUUGUUUAUCAUCGAAGGCUCCAUGACCUUCCUGAUGGGGAUCGCCUCCCUCUUCUGGCUGCCUGGGAAUCCGCGAACAGCGUGGUUCCUCAAUGAGCGUGAACGGGCGGCAGCAACAGCACGCCAGCUGCGCGAUACAUCGUCUGAAGUCGACACUGGGCUGGACCUGAAGGCUGCAUUCGAGACCUGGAAAGACUGGAAGUUUCCUAUCUGGUGCAUCAUCACCUUCACCUAUCCGGUGGCAUAUGCGACCGCGAUGAACUUUUUCCCCUUGAUUGUCGAACGACUGGGAUACUCGACAGUCAAAACGAACCUCUGGACGGUCGCUCCCAAUCUGGUUGGGGCGGUGGUGCUGCUCUGCGUGGCCAAAUCGUCCGACUACUUUCGCGAGCGGACACGGUCGUAUAUCCCGUCGUGCCUGGUGCAUGCGUGGCAUAACAACAACAACAUGCACGAAAACUCUCGUGCCGCCAACACGGGGUUCUUUGUAGGGCUGGGCAACCUGGCGGGAAUCUUGAGUGCGGCGACUUUUCGCACCGAGUAUGCUCCAAAGUACAUCCCCACCCUGGUGGCAACCUGCUGCUGCAACGGAGUGUGCAUCGUGGUGGUGACCGGACUGGGCUGGUGGAUGCGUCGGGAAAAUGGCCGGCGGGAUCGGAUACAAGGCCGACAUUUGCGCCCGCACGAGUCGCACGUCUGCCACUGGCCCAAUUGCGGCAAGACCUUUACGCGCGCCGAGCAUCUGCGCCGGCAUGCCCUCAACCAUGAAUCGGCCCGCGAUGGUUAUACCUGUCGACAUUUAAUGCGGCAUGCCAAACGUGAUGAGGAGGCGGGAGGCCCGGGGUUGGGCGUGUUGGAGACGAGGAAGCGCACCCGGCGAGCGGGCGAUGGCUCCAUCAUUACCCGCCCUCCCAAGCGACAGUCGAGGGCCAGCGCCGGUCCUAGUCUGCCUUCAUCGUCAUGUGCUUCAUCCUCCUCUAUAUCAGUCACCAGUGCCCAGGACUAUGCCCCAGUAUCGCCUCCGACGUCCGCCAGUGACCCGUCCUGCUUGUCGCUGGACGAGCCCGAUCCGCUGCUGGCCCCGAUGAUGCCCAGCGGCCCGUUCGAGCCCUAUGUCGAACCCAUCCCGGGGCAAUUUGAUGCUGCGGACGGCUCUUGGAGUCUGGGGCUGGAUGGAAUGGGGGACUUUUUCAGCCUUGACACUGCCACCGACUUCAACAUGCCAUUCGCGGCUACUCACAACUACAACUGGCUGUUCGAUGUGGCCUCUUUGGAUGAUGCAUUCCAGCCGUUUGAGCUCCCGCUGGGCCCCGACAUGAUGACCUUUGCUGACGCCCUGCCCAUCGAUGACCCUAAACCUGUGUUCGACCGCGACGGCUCUUCGGUGCUCCUCGAGGCUGCCUCGUUCGUGGAACGUGGUGACUUUGCACCUCUUCUCUCGGCCCCUCUACCGGAGCCCCCGGACAGCAUCAACCUGGACUGGAUGGACGGGUCUUCGCUGCUGCAAAUCAAUCCCCAGCCCCAUCUUCCUAUCCUGACCGACAACUCUCGCCGUGGCAUUCUAGCCCUCGUUGCCCAGGCCCCACCCCUCGGCAUCGACGGCCAGCCCACCCCACUGGACUCGCCUCUACUCUCCCUGUCUUCGCUGCAAUCCUACAGCGACCUCUUCUUCACCCGUUUCAACACCACCUAUCCCCUCAUCCACCAACCCACCUUCGACCCGUCCACCACCACCCCAGUCCUCCUGGCUGCCAUCCUCUCCAUGGGCGCCACCUACAGCAGCCGCGAAGCCCACCAACUGGCCGUGGGCAUCCACGACUCCCUGCGCAACCAACUCUUCCUCCACCCGGACUUUUCCCCGCAACCCGAUCUCUGGGUCCUGCAAGCCAUGCUGCUGAUCGACUGUUUCGGGAAGAUGCGCGCGGGUCCUAAACAGCGGGAACGAGCCCAACUGUUCCACUGCGUGCUCAUCAAACUGAUCCGCCGCAGCGACUGUUGCGCCAUCCGCACCACCCCUUCCCCUCCCAAUACCCCCUCCCCAACUCUGACCGAAACCUGGCACUCCGCCAUGCACGCCGAACAAAAAAAGCGUCUAGCCCUCCACUGCUUCAUGUGGGACACACAACACGCGGUCCUCUUCUCCCAAUCGCUCUGCAUGUCCGCAUUCGAAAUCCGCUCCUCCCUCCCCUGCUCCCCCUCCGCCUGGGAAGCCUCUACCGCGGAAGAAUGGGCCCGCCAUACCCCCUCUUCCUCUAACAACCCCCUCUUCCUGACCGUCCUGAAAGGCUACAUCACCCCCGCCACCACCCCCCGCCCACGCGACCUCAACGUCCUCGCCCGCAGCGUCAUCCUGCACGGCCUAAUGUCCGUCUCCGCGGACCUCAAACGCCGCGACCAAACAACCCUCCGCUCGCACCCCGAGAAAGUCGGCGCCUGGACCCACCGCAUGGCCCGGUCCUACGAUCUCUGGAAAGUCGAUUUCGACGCAGACUGUCUAGCCAUGAAACUAGGCCAAACUGCCGAGUCGACCCGACGGAAAGGAUUCACGGGGUUGAAGAUGGCGGCGGGGACAUUGUAUCGGGCCGCUCAUGUGGCGUUGCGGGUGGAGAUUCUCGAUUUGCAGAUUGCGGCAGGGGCGGGGUGGAUUAUGGGGAGGGAGGUGACGGGGGAGGAUCGUGAGAGGUCGGUUGCUGCGGUGCGGAGGGGCCAGGGACAGGGAGGGGGGAUGUUGGUGGCGGCCAGACAUGCGGCGAUGUUGUUGCAGGAUGCGGUGUUGAGUUUGCAUGAUUGGGAACAGACGGAUGCGUUUCAUUUUCCCUGGUGUUUGUAUUUGGGGACGUUGAUGUGUUGGGCGUUUCAUGGGGGGGUGGGAUGGGAUGAUGGAGGGGAUGUUGAUAGUAGUAGGGUGAAGACGGAUCUGGCGAGUUUGAUCGUGGCCAUGACGACGUGUGGCAGUUUGGAUGAGUUGGCGGCUAUUGAAGGGAAGACGAUGGCGCAGCAGUUGGCUACGGUGCGGUGGGCGGUGGUGCAUGAUGCGAUGAAGGUGUUGGUGAAUUUGGCGGGUUGA